GUAUGUGGGGGAAGGCAAUGGGAUAAGAGUAAGAGUAAGAGUAAGAGUAAGAGGCUCCACUUCUUUUCUUUCUUUAUCUCUCUCUCUAAUGAAGUUUUUUGUACAGAUCCUCCAUCUCUUCACUCUCAACUAUAUCUUUUUCAUCUCAAUUUUUUGAAUAUUUUUCUUCAAUUUUUCCAUUCUCUUUUCUUCCGAGGAAGAAGAAGAAGAAGAAGAAGAAGAAGAAGAAGAUUUUCAGAAAUUUUACAGACAUAGCUGUUCUCUCCUAUGAACCUAAGAGAGAAAGGUUGGAUUGGAUUGGAUUAGAUUAGACUAGAUUAGAUCUGCAAUUGUGUUUUUUUUUUAUCAAGAACAGGGGGUCCGGCCAUCUGGGUUUUGUUUUUUUUGUAUGAAAAAUGGAGAAAAGCUGCCAAUCUUCUGUGACUGGGGAUUCCUCCGCCGCUAAUAAUGGCGGAAGUAUGGUAUCUACAGGCAGGGACCAAUAUCUUAGGCAUCUCAACAAGCUUUCCCACAAAAUUUCCAAACCUAGUUUUGUUAAGAAGCCUGGGUUUGAUUCUUCUAUUCAAUCUAAUCCUAGUUUUAAUCAGAAUCAGAGUCUUUCUCAACCGCCGCCGCCGCCGCCACCACCGCCGCCGGAAUUGAGUGUGCAAGCUCAAACCCAACAGCCACCGCAGCACCAUCAGCCACCGGUUUACAAUAUCAACAAGAAUGAUUUCCGGGAUGUGGUUCAGAAGCUUACGGGGUCGCCGGCGCACGAGCGGUUCUCGAAUCCGCCGCCGAUUCAUCCACCGAAGCCUCAGAGCUCUCGCCUUCAACGAAUCCGACCACCUCCGCUUGCAAACGUUAGUAAUCGUCCUCCCCCGAUGCUAAAUAGCGCUGUUCCUUUGCCACAGCCGCAACAACCACCACCGCCUGGUCUGAACCCUAGAAAUUCCAUUUCAGCGGCUAACAAUUUUGGACGGCCCGUUGCUCCGCCACUUUCGCCUCUGCCUCCGUUACCAGCCGUCCACGCGCCGGCUGAAUCACCCGUUUCGGCUUAUAUGAGAUAUCUUCACACCUCAUUUUCAACUCUCGAUUCUAAUCAGAAGCAAUUCUCGGGAUUCUCACCUUUAGCUCCUCUUGUUUCACCUCGUUGGAACAACUUAACUUCACAGCAUCAGCUUCCACCACCGGCCAUGGCACCAGGAACCAUUCCUCCGCCACCUUCAUCGGCUGCAAUAACUUCGGACUCUCAAUUGCCGAUGCCCUCUUCACCUCUUCCAUUCGGGUGUAUGAAUUCACCAAGAUCAGCAUACCCAUUGCUUUCGCCAAGCUUGUUGUUUUCGCCAUCCGCCGGUCCGUUAGGAUAUCCACAGUUUCCAUUGUCACCAACUAUGCCAGUGCCCAGCCCCAGAUGGAGAAAUCUGUGAGUUAUUCAUAAUCAUAUGGUAAGUUGAUCACAAAUUCAUUAAUCUUUGUAGUUUCUCACAGGUUUUUUAAGAUUAUUUUGUAUACAUGUUGAAGUGAAGGGUUAAAUUGGAUCAUCAGUUAGUGAAAUAGGAAUGAAUUUUCACAACUGAUUCAGAAACUGAAGUUUGUUCUGUAAAUCUCUUAGAAGAUCCUUUUUUUUUUUUUUUUUUUUUGUUCUUUCUGUUUGGUGGGUUGGGAUUACAUUACAACAUUCAUAUUCCAUAGAUUACAUUUCUUUUUUGAGCUCAA